UUUCUUUAUUCCCCCUUCUUCCAUUCAUUGUCACAGGUCUCAAGAACAAAACUUUCCUGGGAGCCUUGGCACAUGGAAAUUUCAAAACCUUCACAGCGGUGUAGGGUGGUGGGCCAGACUGCUAAGUGUCCCUCUUGGGCCUUGCCAUGUCGCUGGAUUACUGUUCUGCUGGAAGCAUUAACCGCGACAUGAGGCCUCCCUGGGCCGAGCACCCAGGAACCUGGUUAGGGGCCAUCUGCCUCUCCCAUCAUUGCCAUUUCUGUUCUGUGGCCCUGUUGUAGUCUAGAGCAGGGUUGAGAGGAACUGGACUGCUUUUCCUUCUCUUGUGGUUUUGCAAAUUCUAUUUGUCUUUUGUCUGCUCUUGUCCUUCUGGGACUGAUCAGGGACUCCGGGUCUCAGCUGACCUAAGGGGGUGAGCAUCUCUCCCCCAGGUCCCGUGGCUGAGCACAGUCAGUAUCACAGGACAGGGCCUAUGGCCCUCCUUCCCCUCCAUGUACAAUGGGACUCUGUCUUUGAGCCUCCCUCCUCCCCACCAGGUUCCAUCGUCAUUGUCACUCUUUCCUCUUUCCAGUGCCCAGUCUGCCUUGGUUUGGGGGAAGAGUUCUUGCUCUCUGUCCCUAUUGCCCUCAUAGGCUUUCCAAAAUGGAAGCUAACCUGUUUUGGGGAGGGAGGAGGAAAGCACAGAAGAGACUCAUUGGUAAUCUUUGCCACAACCAUGUCCAUCCUCUGUCUCCUCAGGCCCCUCCUAGUCUCCAGGGACAAGGAACUUGGCUGAAACCUCUUCCUUGGGACCCAGACUGUCCAGGAUGAGGGUCAGGUCUGUGCUCACAGGGGCUCAACCCCAGGGAGGAAGCCCUCAACCCCUUCCUCAAGAGGGGCCACAUUUAAUAUGUUGAGGGUGGCAUGGGCUGGGUGAAAAGGUGGCUGUUGACUUCUUUGCAGCCAUGAGGAGAGCGCACAGAUGGGGAGAUUCACCUUCAGGAGGGCGCUGGAGGGGCGGUAAGCCACCAGCCUCGCACAGCCUCUGGGGAGCAGGAUCACAUCAGGGCAGGGCUGCACUUGCCCUCCCAGGGAAAUACAGAAAAGCUAGAGCUGCACCUUCUCCACGAUGGUCUGUUUUCUUUUUCAAUUGAGGCGAAAUUCUCAUAACGUACAACUGAGCAUUUUAAAAUGUGCAGUUCAGUGGCAGGUAGUGCAUGCACAAUGCUUCCUGUGAAUAAACUUUCUUUAGUUUUGAAACUUUGGGCGCUGGCCAGGUAGCUCAGUUGUCCUCAUAUGCCAGGGUUGCCGGGGUUCGAUCCCAGUCAGAGCAAAUGAAUGCAGAACCAACUAAUGAAUGCAUAAACAAGUGGAACAACAAAUCGAUGUCUCUGUCUUUCAAAUCAACCAAUCAGCAGGGAAAGAUUUGGAGCAGUGCCAGCGCCAGGCGGAUGAGGUGACGGAAAUCAUGCUCAACAACUUUGACAAGGUCCUGGAGCGCGAUGGGAAACUCUCGGAGCUGGAGCAGCGUUCCGACCAACUCCUGAACAUGAGCUCAGCUUUCAGCAAGACAACCAAGACCCUGGCCCAGAAGAAGCGCUGGGAGAACAUCCGUUGGCGUAUCUACUUGGGGCUGGUGGUGGGCGGUGGCCUGCUCAUCAUCCUGAUUGUGUUGCUGGUCAUCUUUCUCCCACAGAGAAGUGAGGGCAGCAGUGGCCCACAGGCCCAGGACUCAGGUGCUGCCUCGGGGCCUGGGGACUGACCCAGUUGGGCCUGGAGGAGAGGCCGAAUGGCCACACUGGCUGAUUCUGGUCUCCAAAGAACUUUGGCAUUUGCUCCUAUCUGAGCCACCCCAGUGAGCGCCUGAGGGCAGCCCCAAAGUGUGCACCUCUGCAUCUCCUGUCACGCCACUGGCUGGCCCUUGAGGGCAGCCUGCUGCACUGGCCAUGCUAGGCAAGCCCCCGUUGGAGCUCAGUAAACACUGCUGCUUGGUUAAAAAGUGCUGUUUGGUUAA